AUCCAUAAUCUUAUAACUAUUCUAGUGGUUCAUCAUACUACUCUUUCUUGCCACAGAGACUGAAAAAAAUAGAUAUACAAACUCUGAAAAUAAUUUGGCAACAAAUUUAUAGCUGUAACAGUUUGUUGUUGAAGCAGUACAUACAGGAUGAAUAAACUACAAGGUAAAAAGAAGGAUGAAGAAGAAGAAGAAAGAGAAAUUCCCAUCGAGACAAUGCAUACUAUUGUCAAACAACAUAAGGAUCAACUUGCACUUCAAGUCAUGAAAGUCUCAGAGUCAAUCAAACUGCACAUUACAGCUAUUGAAGAAAAGAUGCCUACAGAUCACAUGCUUAAGCCGCAAAAACCGAAUCCAUGGGUAGAAGACCAAUCAAAAGGUGGUGGGGGAUGUCUCUUAGUGUAAAAAAAAUCUGUCUACAAAAUAUCAAAUUUACCAAUUUGUGCACGAAAAGGUUAGUUUUCUAGUCUUUGGCCAUAGUUUGGUGAGUUAGUAUAUUCAAGAGUCAAAAUAUUCAAUUUUGUUUUGCUAAGUUACCUGUUUUGAAAUUGAAUUUUUUGAAAAGUAUCUUCUGUAUUAAAACAGCUUUCAAAAACAUGUAAUUAGAAUAAAAUAUUUCUAAAAAUAUUACCUGCUAUUAAGCAACUAACAAAAAUACAACCCAAUGAUUGUUAAUGCAUAUCUAUGUGUUUUUGUGUAAUAAAAUAAUUUAACACUA